UUUUAUUAUUGACUUAUGUAUCAGGUAUGUUCGUUUCAGUCUCGCGUCCCUUCAGCUUCCACCGGCGUUGAACUACUCUCUACCCAUCGUCGCGCAUCACACUAUGAUAUUUUUUCUUGCAUUUAAUUGAACCUUCUCCAAUAUCAUUCUCAUCGGGUCCCAUUGGUUUAUGGCCUACACUGAUUUCGUGAGUUUGUUUUUCGCCAUCGUCGUUUGGUGUUCUGCUUACAUUGCCGUUGCACUUCUUGCCUCUUUUCGAGCCGUCAAUUAUCUUUGCACUUUCUGAGCUUGGGACUCAAACUCGUUGCAAUUUCAUAAACCUACCAUGGGUUAUGCACAGCUUGUUAUAGGUCCAGCUGGUAGCGGCAAGUCUACAUAUUGCUCGAGUUUGUACCAACACUGUGUAACUGUACGACGAUCAAUACAUGUUGUGAACCUUGAUCCUGCUGCUGAAAAUUUUGACUAUCCUGUUGCGAUGGAUGUAAGGGAACUCAUUUCUCUGGAUGAUGUAAUGGAGGAGCUUGGAUUAGGUCCUAAUGGUGGUCUUGUAUACUGCAUGGAACACCUUGAAGAUAACCUAGAUGAUUGGCUUGACGAGGAGCUAGACAAUUAUUUAGAUGAUGAGUACUUGGUUUUUGAUUGCCCUGGUCAGAUAGAACUUUAUUCACAUGUGCCAGUAUUUCGGAAUUUUGUUGAACAUUUGAAACGGAGAAAUUUUAAUGUCUGUGUUGUUUACUUACUUGAUUCACAGUUCAUGACAGAUGUGGCCAAAUUUAUAAGUGGAUGCAUGGCUUCCCUUUCUGCAAUGGUUCAACUUGAACUACCUCAUGUUAAUAUCCUUUCAAAAAUGGACCUUGUGACUAACAAAAAGAAUCUUGAAGAAUUCUUGGAUCCAGAACCCACCUUUUUACUGUCUGAAUUGAAUCAAUGGAUGGCUCCUCAGUAUGCAAAGUUGAAUAAAUCUUUGAUUGAACUGGUGAGCAAUUAUAGCAUGGUGAGUUUUAUACCACUGGACUUGAGGAAGGAAAAAAGUAUACAAUAUGUACUGGGUCAAAUUGACAACUGCAUUCAGUAUGGAGAAGAUGCAGAUGUGAAGGUUAGGGAUUUUGACCCAGAGGAUGAUGAUUAGCUUAUUCCCUUCUUCUGCAGCAAUGCUUGGUGAUAGAAUGUUCAGUCUUCGCAAUGACUUAAUGGUGUUAUCAAGUUCACAUUGUUGAUAAAAUAAUAAUUUUUCGUUACAAUGCUUAGUGUGAAUUGAGGACCUUGAUGAUAUAUAAAAUUUAGCCUCCUAAUGGGGAGAUAAAUUUCAGAGCUUGCUUGGUUAAAACAGUUUAACAUGUUGACAAUUGCAGCCGUUAUAACUUUAUAUUUUAAAGAAGUUGGACAAGAAGAAGAAAUAUUUUAGAUUU